GCUACAUGCAGGUAAAUGGACACAUGCCGCGCUCCGCUUGAUCAGAUCGGAUGACGCAGUUUUUACCGCCCAAUUUGCUCGCGCUUUUCGCGCCGAGGGACCCAAUACCGUUUCUCCCUCCAAUUGAAAAACAUGCCCAUCACCGGAAACUGCCAUAUACUGGCGUUGCCCAGUUCUUGGGUGAAUUUGAGGAUCCUUCCGAAACUCCAGCACCCGUUCGUAUCGAGACCAGGGAGGAGCGCAAGGAGAGAAAACGCAGAGGAAAACAAGAACAAGCGAAUUAUAAGUUAGAGCAGGAUCUAGCUCUGUGGAAUCCUAAGAAGAAUCCAUCUGCGACCUCUAAUCCCUAUAAUACCAUGUUUGUUGCAAGGAUGAACUAUGAUACUAGUGAAUCGAAGCUCAGGCGCGAAUGCGAGAUGUACGGCCGGGUCCUUCAGAUCGUCAUGGUAAAAAACCAGAUCACUGGCAAGCCGCGUGGUUACGCUUUUGUCGAAUUCGAACACGAGCGGGAGAUGCACGCUGCUGUCAAGUCGCUAAAUGGAAGGAAAAUUGACGGUAUGCGUAUAUUGACGGACAUCGAACGUGGAAGAACACGACCAGAUUGGAGGCCUCGGCGUCUGGGCAAAGGCCUAGGAAAGAAUCGUCACGGUCCUGCUGAGAAGAUCCCCAAGCCCAUUGAUAGACCAGAAAAUGGCCGCGAAUCUACUGGAUAUAGCCGUUCUAUCGGACGAACUUCCUCUGGUUUCACUCGCGAAAGAGACUAUGAUCGCAGGCACCGCAGUCGUUCCCGGGACCGUGAUCGUCGGCGCAGUAGAAGUCGCGACAGAUAUCGCAGGCACCACAGUCCGGAGCAUGAUCGAAGUUACAAACGCCCACGUGAUAAACGCGAUCGCGGUGAGGAUAUGAUGCGACGAUACGGAGAAUAUGGUGCUGAGAUUCGUGCAGAAUACAAUGGAGACAUGUGACAGAGUGGCUGGCCAACUUUCUGUGCAUUUACAAUUCGCACGCUAUUUACACAAGGCUGGACACGAAUAACAUUUGUAUUUAAAGUUUA